UUCUUUCAUGUGACGUCACUGUUCGAACUUGGUAUCAAAUGGACACGUGUUUUAGCCGAGUUUAGGCUAAAUUUUCGUCACUCCUUUUCUUCUUUUUUACUAAAAAUGGAAGAGUAUUUGAAAAAGUUGGCCGUAGAGCUAUAUGAUGUCCAAGCCCUGAAAUUUGGGGACUUCAAGAUGAAACUUGGUUUAAGAACGCCGGUAUAUUUCGACCUGCGAGUGGUAAUUUCGUACCCGAAAUUAAUGUCUAAGUUAGCAAGAGCUCUGUGGACUCUUUCGGAUGACACUACAAAAGUAUCCCAAAUUUGUGGAGUUCCGUACACAGCAUUGCCAUUAGCCACCCUGAUCUCUGCGGACAAUGACAUUCCGAUGUUAAUAAAGCGAAAGGAGGCAAAAUCAUAUGGCACGAAGAAGCUGAUCGAAGGUGCAUUUUCACCUGGUGAUAACUGUGUGAUCAUCGAGGAUGUCAUCACGAGUGGUAGCAGUAUUCUGGAAACUGUUGAUGCUUUGAAGAAGGAACAUCUGAAUAUAACAAAAGCAUAUGUGAUAAUCGAUAGGGAGCAAGGUGGCAAAAAGAAUCUCGAGAAUCAUGGACUCAAGGUCAAGAGUUUGUAUGUGAUGUCGCAGCUCAUGAAAUAUCUUCUUGAGGCUGGAAAGAUUACGCCGGAAAUUGUUAAGGAUGUUGAUGAUUAUCUGAAAACAAAUCAGGCUCCGAACGUUUCUGUUCAAGGUACUGUAGCUAUACCAGAUGACAGAUUGAGACUGUCAUACAGUAAACGCGCAAAGUUAGCAAAAAAUCCAUUAGCCUCGACUCUGCUGGAACUAAUGGAGUCUAAACAAAGCAAUCUGUGUCUGGCAGCUGAUCAAAAAACCGACGCGAUUUUAGAAUUGGCAAAUGUAGCUGGUCCUCACAUCGUUGUGUUGAAAACCCACAUUGACAUUAUAGAAGAUUUUAAUGAGAGUUUUAUUCUUCAACUCAAGGAGCUAGCGAAGCGGCACAAGUUUUUACUGAUGGAAGACCGGAAAUUUGGCGAUAUCGGCAACACGGUGUCGUUGCAAUAUAGAUAUGGCUUAUAUAAGAUCGCCGAAUGGGCUGAUCUGAUCACAGUGCAUCCGGUAUCCGGCGCAUCAGUUAUCGACGCGUUAAAAAAAGGUCUGGAGAACAUCACGGAACCUCGUGGCAUCUUUCUUGUCGCUGAAAUGUCAUCCAAGGGUGCGUUGACUACCGGUGAUUAUUUGCAAAGCGCAGUGUCGAUGGCGAAAGAGGCAUCUGACCUAGUGGUUGGCCUUGUGUGUCAAUCCAAUCUUUCUGCGGAAUAUGGACUGCUCCAGUUGACGCCUGGUGUCAAAUUAGUCAAAAGCGAUGAUGGAUUAGAUCAACAAUAUCACAAUCCAGAAUCGGUUAUCAAUGCGGGUGCUGAUUUGGCUGUUGUCGGUAGAGGCAUCACAGAAGCCUCCCAUGGUUAUUUAAAGGCUACUUUGGAAUAUAAAAAACAUCUUUGGAAUGCGUACGAAAAGCGGAUAAAAAACUCGUCCAAUAAUAAUUCACAAACUAUUUUAUAAUCUUUUUUCAUAUUACAGCUGGGUCUGUAAGUUUUAAACUAUAUAAUUAUUUGUUCUUUAUUUUAAUGAUUUGCAUAUAAGGUUUACCUUCAAGUAUUUUGUUUAUAUAUGACAAUUUUGAACAUAUGGAAGAUAAACAUACAGUUUAUAUAAAAUACUAUGUAAAACUACUCAUUAGAUUAUAGUAAAAUAAUACGUAAAUUAAAGUCAUACUGCUUAGGCAUUUAUCUUGUUUAUAUCAUUUGGAUUUUAUUUCAAAUAUGAUGUGCCAUUAAAUAAGAGAAAGGUAUAAUGAAAUUGAUUAAUAUUUUUUUUACUUUUUUAUUUUGUCUUUUAUAAUUAUAUAAUGAAGAAAAAGAAAUUAACACUAUAUUUCUUUGAAAUUUACCAUUAAAGAGAUGAUUUUUAUAUAUACAUUUAUCUUGCAGAAUAAUUAGUUUA